CUCAGGUCCUAGCUGGGCCUCACACGCACCACUUCCGUUCCUCUGCCUAAAACCGCGCCUGCGCACUGCGCUCCUUCCUCUCGGCGUCCGACCUGGUUCGCGGCGACAUGGCCAAACGCACCAAGAAGGUCGGAAUCGUCGGUAAAUACGGGACCCGUUAUGGCGCCUCCCUCAGGAAAAUGGUGAAGAAAAUUGAAAUCAGCCAGCACGCCAAGUACACCUGCUCCUUCUGUGGCAAAACCAAGAUGAAGAGGCGAGCCGUGGGGAUCUGGCACUGUGGUUCCUGCAUGAAAACCGUCGCUGGUGGUGCCUGGACCUACAACACCACUUCUGCCGUCACAGUAAAGUCAGCCAUCAGAAGACUGAAGGAAUUGAAAGACCAGUAGAAGCUCCACAGUUUGAAACAUUGCGAGCCUAUAAUAAAUGGGUUAAUUUAUAUAACAAAAUUUCUUUGGUUGUUCAUUUUAUUAAUUCGACAUUCUGGUUUACAUUGUAUUAAUUUUGCUUUCUCAAAAAAAAGACUUGGAAAUUAAAACCCAUCUAAUUUUUCAGCAGUCAGUGAUAUAUAACAUAAGAAUAUAAGCCUUUUAAGUCACUGUUAAGUUUUUAUUUUAAAUCUUUUUAAAGGUAUGAUGGACAGACACAUACUUCCUCUUUUGGUGUUUUGUCUGACCAUUGUAUCAGCAUCUUCAGAAAACAGGGAAACAAUUCGAAUUUCACAACAAAUUUUGCAAAUCACACAUAUUCUCCAUUUUUCAGUUUGCACACAAGGAUUCCCAGGAAUGAGUUACUCAAUUUGCUGUAGAUGGUCACACUAAUAAAGAAAAAUUUGCUUGUAGGUUUUUCAAA